UAGUUACUAGAGAUGGCACUGGACACACUCGUUAAGUCGAUGGUGGCGCUCCCGGUGGAUGAGGGAAUUGUUUACUCCUGGUUUACUCGUCCACCCUCCUACCGUGGAGGUGGCGUACGUGUGGGAUGAUUCGGAUUAGAUCGAGCAGAUCGAGUGUGAUGUUAUGGAAGGCGAAUGAGAUGCGUUGCCGGUGUUCUUGAAUGCCUUGGGUGGUACAUUUAGGGUAAAGAACGAAAUUUGUAUUCUUGGGAACAUCUUGCUGUAGUGUUUUGGAUUAUAAAAUUUAGAAGUAUUGUAAAGUACAAUUGUGACAACACGCCAUGGCAUCAUAUUCUGAAGAUCGCUCUUAUGUUGUACAAAUGUUGGAAGAUCUUCGUUCAGUACCUCAGCGUCGUGUAUCGAGGUUGCUUUCAAGCAACUUUAAUGAGCCUGUUGAUAACCUGAAGAGAAAGAAGUCUACGGAAAACAUUGCAGAUGAUUCUCCAAAGUUUCCGAAAUUGGAUGUCACUCCUAAAACAACUCCAGAUCCUGAAGAAAGAAGUAACAGGUGCUCUUCUCCAACAGCCUCACCGUGGGAGACAUAUCGUAUCCGCAGCAGUUUAUUGGAAGCUAAUAUUAAAAUAACAGACUUGGAAAAUCAAAUCAGUAGACAUCACUCACUUCGACAGGAAUUGGAGUUGCUUUUUGAAAAAGAAAAGGAUUCGUUGCUAAAGCAAGUUGACAGAGAAAAAACAAUGGUAAAAGAAUUAGAAAAUCAUUUACAGGUAGUACGUAAAAGGGAGGUUGAGGUAAAGGAAGAGUUGAAACAAUGCAGAACAGCGUUAAAUAGAGACAAAACAAAUUUUGAAGAACGUUUCCAAACUCUUCAGGUAGAGAAUGGAAAAUUGACUGACAGUUUGCGUGAGUUAGAGGAGAACUUGCAUAGUGAGAGAUUAACAACAGCAAGACUUAUUCAGCGUUUGAAUGAAGAUUUGUCUGAAAGAGACCAACAAUUAAUAGAUAUCAAAAAUCGCAAUUCAGAACUGGAAAAGAAACUGCAAGAAGGAUUAUUAUUUCAGUCACAGUUUGAGCAGUUAUCUCAAGAAUUAAAAAAUGCCCAAAAUAAAAUAAAGGAAUUAGAAAAAGAACGAGAUGAUUACCACGAGGCAGCUGAACUAGUAAAGUCAAAACAAGAGAAAGUGUUUCGUUAUUCAGAGUUAGAAAAGGAGGUUCAAGUGUUAAGGGAAGAAAAUUCUAAUUUAAAAAUAGCAGUUCCUAAACAUCUUUUAUUGGAGGAAAUGGUGGAAGAUCUUAAAUCAAGACAAGCUCUCUCAGAAGAACAAGCACACGACCUUGCUUGGUCCCAGGGUCGCUUAAACCAGGUUCAAACUAUGUUAGAUGAUUGGAAUAAAGUUGCUAAGGAUUAUUGUGAAGGAUAUAUGUCAUCGUCUCAUCCUCCUGAUCCUGCAAUUAUUAGGAAACGGUUCAAUGAACUUCAACAGAGGGUUCAUGUAUUGACUGCUGAUUUAUCUGAUGUCAAAUCACAACUUUUGCCAGCAAAUUCUUUGUUCUCCCCUAUUCAUGGACCAUAUACAGCAGUUGACUGUGUAGACCAUUUACUGAGAGACCCUAUGAAAGGUGAAGAAACAGAGAUAAGUAAUGAAGGUGGAAAAAUAUUUCUUGGUUUACAUUUCAGGCUAAAUGACACUCAACAAAGGAAAGAUCUUCUUACGAUAGAACUUCAGUCAGUUAAGAAAGAAAAAGAGAAAUAUCAAAAUUUAAAUGAAGAAUUAAACAGUAGGUUGAGACUUCUUCAGAAGAAACAUCAGCUUGUCUCAGCGGAACGAAAUAGUUAUCGCUCACAAUUGGAUUCAUAUGAAAAGGAUUUAACAAUUUCUCUCUCUUCAGUUGCCAAUCAGCAAAAUCAUCAACUGCAGCAGAGAUUGGAUACAAUGGAACGGAUUUUGGAGGGAUAUCGCAAAAUGAUGAAAGAAAUGGAAUCUGAAUCGGACAGGACAAAAGGAUUUGCUGGGAAUUCAGACAUUAUGGAGAAAUUGAAUCGUUUGGAGGGUGAACGCAAUACUUUACUGCAGGAAAAAGAACAGCUCCAGAAACGCAAAGAUGAAUUAGAAGUACAGUUGGAGUAUAGAGCAAUUAAGGGAGAUUUUAAUCCUGUAACAAGUCUGCAAGAAGUAAUUAAUGCUCAGGAAAUAAAAAUGCAACGUUUAAAGGAAGUAUUUCAUGCAUCAGCCAAAGAGUUCCGUGAAGUUUGUUAUGAACUAUUUGGCUACAAAAUUGAUCGAAAUGAAAAUAUUUAUAAACUUUCCAGCAUGUAUGCUGAUAGUCCAGAUGAUCAUCUUAUGUUUAAACGUAUACCUGAUGGUACAAUAGAUAUGAUGGAGACCCCUUAUUCUUCCACCUUGGGAGAAUUGAUUGACCUUCAUCUUCAUCAACAUAACUCUCCACCAUUAUUUCUGGGAGCUGUUACGCUGGAACUCUUUAAUCGACAAACACUAUCACAGACAAUAUCGCAAACCAUAGAGUUAAAUUGAUUCAUCUUUUACUGAAACUGAAGAUGAAUUAAUUGAACUCCAUGAUUUACUAGUGUGAAAGUCAAUUUAUUCUAUUGCUUUUAAGCUUUGUGAUUUGUAUGAGUAUUAUUUGAAUAUUUAACAAAUAAUGCAAAUUUGCUGAUUUGAAUGGAGAACUCUUAAUGUAAACACAGUACCAUGCUGUUAUGUAAAAACAUUUUUGAUACUUGAAUAAAUAAUUAUUUUAAUCA